AUGGCUGAGCAGCUGUCCAAAGAGCAGGUGGCCGAGUUCAUGGAGGCCUUCGACAGAUUCGACAAGGACAAAGACAGUGCUAUCAACAUCCAGGAGCUAGGCCUGAACCCGUCAGAGGCCGCACUGAAGAGGUUCAUCGCCAGGGAGGAUACAGACGGGGAUGGUGUCAUCAGCUCCCAGGAGUUCCUGGCAGUGGUAGCCAAGGGGGUUCAGGCCCGGGCCAGAGCGGAUGACCUGAGGACAGCCUUCCACGCCUUCGACCUGGAUGGCGACGGCCACAUCAGCAUGGAUGAGCUCAAGCAGGCCAUGGCCCAGCUGGAGGUGUCCCAGGAGGAGCUGGACAUCAUGAUCCGGGAAGCUGACAUGGACCGGGAUGGGCAGGUGAGCUACGAGGAGUUCGUGCACGUCCUCAUGCUGAAGUGA